AUGUCAGGGAAGACAAUCAGCAAUGGCACCCUUAGCUUGCGGUUCAUGCAAAAUGCUCAAAGGGCCAAGAUGCAAGCACAAGUAGAACUGGAACAAGCCAAAAUACAGGACGAUGCGCAAUGGGAAGUCUCGGGGGAAUUGAGAGAGGCUUGGGGCAUUGGCACGAGCUCACAACGAGACCGUUCCUUGAGGGAGCGCAUUGUGCACGAAACUUCAUAUCUACCGUUCCUGUUUGAAGCCGACUCAGCUGGCCCCUCGUCAGGAGAGGUCUCACUGAAUGCGGCUCGUCUGCGAGGACGGCGAGUGUUCAACGGGCGCGGCCAGGAGAUUAUCCAAACCGAGAAAAUCCCAGAUGUGGAUGAGGGAAAGCCAUCCGCAGAAGACGAGGGCGGUCCGAGGGGCUCUCGGAAACCCCAGACACGUCCGGUCUCGAUCUCAGGGUUCAAGGCGCCCAUUUCCAUAGCGAAGAAAGACGGCAAGAAGGUCCGGACGAAGACGGCGCAAAUGCUCAUACGCGAGGACCCUCUCGCGUCUAUGCCGCCAUUCCCCAGGCCUCCUGCCGCCGCCAGCAGCGGCUUCAUGAAGCCGGCAGGUAUUGACGAGCCGGCGUCCAAGGGCGGCAACUCCGCCACACAGAAGCGUGGCAGGGAGCAGGAUCCGAGCGUGGACCCGUCGGAUGCUCAAGGCAAAAAGAGGAAGAAAAAGAAGGCGGAAGUGCUGCUCACACCUCACACGACUCACCGCAUCUGGAAGUUCUGUCCGCCGGCCGCACAAAACGUGGAGGCUAGCAAUGGCCAGCUGUUGCCGGCUGUCUAUUCAGCGCCACAAAGAGUAUGCCCGUCGCGAGAAAUCGCCCCAGCUGUUGCUCUUCACACAUCCAGCUUCCUCAAAGAGGGCGCAGCCAUCCUGCUACUUGGCGUACACCGCGUCCUGACUCAGCUGCACUGUAUAUUGGGAUGCGGUUGUGAAAGGGAGCGCUGGGACAAAUAUGCGCAAGGGGCGGCGGUGGUCGACCCGUGUCAAAUAUCAAUUGCUCCCGCGAACUGUGGCGAUCUCUGUACGAUGGCAGACACAGCGGCCGCGAUUGCCCUAUGCGCCCAGCCUUCGGGAAAUCGACAUCCGGUGACCAUCUCUGACGAAGUCAUUUCUCGACGCACACAAGCGCCCCGCUACCCCCUCGCAGCUCCCCCGACAAGUCCCUCGCACUCCGCGCUCGCACAUGCGUUUAGCGUUUAUCAGAUGCAGCAGCGCGAACCACCGGCAUCUAUCGCACCAGGGCUUCGCCUUCUCCGAGUCAGAAGCGACGCGCCCGGACCCACCUCCCCUCUAUUGCCCAGGAAGCCCACGCUCGUGCUCCAGGUCUCUCCAUCGGUGCCUGUGGCUGGUCUAGUCGCUGGAAGGCCCGCGCGGAAGCUCCUGUAUGGAUAUGGAUAUCGGCGGCGCGGCCACAGCACACCGCACACAGCGUGUCGUAAGUGCUCCGUCCUCGUCGUGCAUGUGAUGGGGGGCGCGGCGGAUGCUGGGCUCCAUGAUGUUGAUAUCGGCGCUGCGAUCAUGCGUCAUGCGCGGAUCGCUCGCGGGCCCUUGUGCAGAUGUGGCACAGAUGCAGCCUGUGAUGGCGAUGCGCGGGGAGCCAAGGCGCGCGUGUACGUGGCGCCAGCAGUCGGCGAGCGCGACACGCGCAAGACCCCCACUCGCGGACGCCGCGCACAGUGCAAGGAAGGAAGGCCCCGGGGGCGCGCGCGCAGCGUCCCUUGGCAGAUCGCACACCGCGCACUCGCACUGACAGAGAUGGGGCAUGAUAUAUAUCGUGUACCCACAACCUUGCCGUCAAUCUUCCCUUCCGCGGGAGGGCCCCCCGAGCGCGACUGUCGCAGCCCAGAAGCCAGCAGCCAGAAGACAGAGGACACGGCCCUAGGCGCAGGGCAGGACGCCGCGCUCGUCCGUGUUCGUGCAUCGAGGCGCCUGCCGGACGCUGGACGUGGAACGCUGAACGCGAACGCUAGCCCUGCCGCCACGGGAACCGCGAGGGCCGCUAUCGCAGCAGGCUUGCUUAACAUCCGGGUGGGGGUGUCGCCCAACGAGCCGUCUCCCCGCACCGCAGGCUCUUCUCUUCUGCUGCUGCCCGCCUCGCGCCCUUACCUGCGCGCAACGGGCAACGGCGAUGCGCUCCAUGGGAAUGGCUCCCGCGUACUCCUCCGGACGGACGCCACCGGAUGCUUUACGCAGCGACGGGAGGGGCGUCCUCGCGGCUUCGUCUUCCCCACGCAAGACCCGUCAGAGGUCGCCGCAGCGAGCAAUCCAUGGUCUGCAGUCUGCACAGUCCCGCGCGGGCCAUCGUGCGGCCGGGCGAUACAGCGCAGACCGGGAUGUCCUGGACACGCACACGUAUUUGUGGCCCCACACGAGCCGCUGGCCGUCACCCGCCAGCGUCGGCACGCCGCGGCGAACACCGAUCUGGCAGAGACUGGCGGACUGUCACCGAUGCGUGCGGUAAGUGGCUGCCAGAUUAGCGGGCGCCAAGCGCGGGCAGGCGCCAGGACAGACUCCGACCUCGGUCAGGGCGACGAGGCGAGUGUUCAGAUUUGCACGGCGGGCGCUAUGCGUGUGCCGACUGCUGACGGCCGCCAUGCUAUGCGUGGAGAUGGCUCGGACGGCGGAGCCUCGGUGACGUCGCCUCGCCUCGCCUCGCGGCGCGAAGCCCAGAAGGGAGGCGCACCACCGCAUCGGGCGGGGCGUGCGCACACGGAUGUGCAGGCACGCGGGCUGCCAUCGUCCGUCCCAGAAAGGCAGGGGAGGGGCACCCGAGGUCGAAGCGGCCCGACAAAGGCAUGGGCCCGGGGACCAGUGGCGCGGCGGCGACCUCGAGAGCACGAGCACGAGCGAUGUAUACAUAGCACUGGACGGCCCCAGGCCAUGACACAAUAUUGGCCUGCUGCCAGCGGCACCGAGCCAAGAAGCGCAGACGCGACGUGCGGCCCAUCACAGAUCGGAGGGAGAAACAGAGGGGGCGCGGGGGACCGUGGACGCGGAGUGCGCAGGACGGAUGUCGGCGCGAUCUCGCGGGAGACGGGCAGGCGGGCCUGGAGCAGAAGCCCGCGCAACAGGGCCCGCUGUGAAGCAGACACAGACAUAAGGGGAGGCAGCGUCCGCGCAUCGGACAGCAGCGCGACGCAGGACACUGGGGCCGGGCGCAGUUGCACCGAUCGGAUUCAGAGCUUCUGCGCUAGCCCAGUGCAGCGGUUCUGCCAACGCUAUUCCGACGGGCUGCAGCAGGCCCGUGACCCGACGAGACGGGACGGCCGGAUGCUCGAUGCACCAAGCGAAUUUGCGGCCUUGAGGGACGGUCGCGAGCGCACGGAUCCCCAGGGAAGAGACACCGCGGCAGCCACGGGAAGCGCUGCAGCCGCCAAGGGGGCGUCACGCCACCGGACGGUCGCCGAUCGUCUGAGAUGCACGACGGGGCGAUAUAGACACCGCGUCGAACGGUGGAACGCGUCCUGCGCCGCGGACCGAAGGCGGUUCCUGGGAAUGGAGGGCGGUGGCAGUUGCGGGGGCUGCGUCGAGGUCGCGGGCGCGGUCCAGGCGAUCUCGCGCCCGCCAUCGCCAGUGCGGCGGGGAGCGGCGGCAGCGGCAGCGCUAGCGCGAGGACGAGGACGCCGGUCGAUCCCCGGCAGAACGGAGUGGCGCGAGGGCGAGUGGCCGGGGAGAGUAGCCGGGCACACGUAA